GAGCUGGUCCAGUCUAGUAUAAUCUAGUCUCACUGAGCUGAAAUAAAAAUGCCUUCUGACAACUACUUUGGAGUCUCAGUUCUAGUAGCAGGGAGACCUGUGCCUGAAUAUGUUCAUGAUGGACAUGCUUAUGUAGAGAGCAGCUUGUACACUCCAUUCAGCUACAACCAAGAUAUCCAGGAGGAUGUAAAUGGAGAGACAGAGACGCAGAAAUGCCCAGUCACUCCAUAUCAACUAUUCAUUCACUUAGCUGCACACUGCAAAGACAGCGUUUUGUUCAUUUAUGUGGAUGGAGUCAAGGUCACAAAACUCAAGUUGGAGAAGGGAAAUUCAAAAAUCAUUCAGGGAUUCACAGAUAAAGAUGGGGUCAGAGAGUUUCUGUUUGCACUUCCACGAUAUGCCACUAAUCAUGAAGACAGACUUGACAAGAAAAGACAGCCCAAAAUUGGAACCAUUGAGAUUGUUCGUUGUGAAGCAAGUUUCAUUAAAGAAGAGUAUCGCCCAGUACAGGACACUAGUUUUAACCAAGCAAACAAAAAGGAUGCAUUCAAAGUAACCGCAGGUAAAUAUACCAUGUCCACGACAAAGAAAGGCCGAUACCUUCAUCGUGCUGCUCCGUAUGAUGUUCAAUUGAAGAAGUUGUGGAAAGUUGGCCCCGAGUGUGGCAGAUUAACUGUUCGCUAUCGAAUGGGACACACAUUGGAGGAGAUGGGUAUCACUAUAAAGCAAACUGACUGGUCCAAAGUUAUUGUGAGACGAUCAGUGUCCCCGAGUGGCUCGUCCACACCUCCUGGAAGUCCAACAGAUAUCAGAAAUGGUUCAGAAGGACUCUCAAAUCCUUCCAGCCCAGAAUCCUCUCAGGGCAGUCCAAGUCACAAGUGUUCUAGUCCAUCUACUCUCACAUCCAUUCAACUAGCACAAGUAAAACAAGAACCAAUAGAAUGAGUUAGCUAGCUGUCGCAAUCUGGUCAUUUCCAUUUUUUAUGUUUUGUUUGUCUACAUCAACUACAUCACUAUUAUGUUUCAUCUCAAGAUCAUAAUUUUUCCAUCCAGACAUAAUUAUAUGCACAGACCUAUUAUAUAUAUGCACAGACUGAUAAUGAAUUGUUAAAGCUGC